AUGGAUUGGGCAGUAAAGUAUGGGAUUGAGAAUCAAGUCAAGGAGUACAACACCUAUGAUGCCAGAACUAGGAAAGAAAUCCGUUACAAUGUCACCAAAUUGAUCGAUGACCUUCCAUUGGCUAUUGAUCGAUUCUUCGACGUCAUGGACGACGAAUAUCAGACACGAGAAGAGCGACGAAAAGAGCUUGAAGAUAUUAGCGCUCAAAAUCCGAAGGAAAACACUGUUGCAGUAGGUGUCCAGUGCCUUUAUUCGAAAUCGAAUCACUUGCUUGUCGAUUAUCCCACCCGCCGCGAAUCGCUUUUCCACGUUGGAUUAUAG